AAAAACAAAAAAAAAAAAAAAAAAAAAACAAAAAAGCUGCUAUCGGCCUCUUCCGGAUGGCAGCCCCGCUUGCUGAUAAGAACGGCGACUGCCGAUAACUGAGUCUCUCUCCAUUCAACAUCCCCCGGAUUUAUAACCAGCCCAGGUUCCUUUCCGACGAUCCUCUCUCAAAAAGUCACAUCAUACAAAAAAAACACCAAUUGGCAUCAUCCUCAGCAGCAACAGCAGCAUCAUCGCCACCAUGGCACCACCGACUCUCUCAUCCCCGACACCCACCCUAACCCUCACGCCCGAACCGCUCACUCCAUCCGCCUUCUCCAGCUUCGGCACCGCUAUCACCUCACCUCUCCCCCGCACGACAACCAAACCACCACCCCCGUCCACCCUCCAAACCCUGCACCCCGUGCCCGUUCUCGCCAACCAAAACACCGCCCUCAAGUACAGUCCCAUCUCGCCGCUCGACGACCACUACAUGACGGCCCCAUGUCCCAGCGGCCGCGCCUCCUCCGCUCGCAUGACCAUGUUCUCCUGCUUCCCGCGGCCUCUCCGCGUGAACCCCGAUCAGAAAGCCAUCUUUGACGUCCGCAUCCUCGAGCGCCACCCAUUUACCACCCAGACUUUCGCCCCUCUCGAUCUGUCGAGUCAAUCGACGACCGGCCCGCACGGCAACGCGGAGCCAUUCUACCUGGUCAUCGUGGCGCCCUCGCUGACGGGCACAACCGCGCAGGCUACUACCGCCGCCGGGAAGGUGGUCACCGUGGCCAACCCGCCGGAUUUGAGCCGCGUAAGGGCGUUUGUGGCGCGCGGCGGCCAGGCCGUGACCUAUGCGGCGGGGACGUGGCAUGCGCCUAUGGUGGUGGUCGGGGACCGGAGGGUGGAUUUUCUGGUGGUGCAGUUUGUUAAUGGAGUUGAUAGUGAGGAUUGUCAGGAGGUGGUGUUUGGGGAAGGGAUUGGGGUUGAGGUUGAUCGGGAAGGCGAGCUGGGGGCUGGGGAGGUGGUGAAGGCGAGGCUUUGAUUUGCGGGGAUUGUGAACUGGGGGUGGGUUAGGGUCGUGGACAAUACGGAAUGGCAUCGUGGCAUUGGGUUUGUAUGGGACAGAGAAAAGUGUAUUGUAUUGUACAUAGCUGUUGGACCGAAAUAUUCUGGAGGAUAGAGGCUGGGUACAGCCGGGGGGAGUGGAAAGUAAUGUACAUAAAUUGCCAAUAUUGACGUGCGUGAUCGAAAAGUGAUAUGUGCAGUCAUCAUACAGGGGCUGUUGCCUGGUUCUCAUGCGAGUCAGUCAUCAGUCCUUGGUGACGCACUCGUCGCGCCAAUUCAAUGGUCUCGGAGGGCAAGCCAGCCAGCUGGGCCACUUUGAGGGCAUGGGAUUCGCGGUUCACACCCUUGCGCA